AGACCUUUGGGAUUUUAUGUCUUUGACGUGGGGUUUACCCCACAACUGUGACCAUUGGAGGAGAGCCAGCUGGAGUAAGGCUCUGAGGACGGGACUGUCCGACACUGAUGUCAUUGCUUUGGCUGGUCCAAGGGUUUCAGAAGGUGACCUUCUACGAGGAGAGGAACUUUGGGGGCCGUUCCUGGGACUGCAAUGGAGACUAUGCUGACUUCUCCCCCUACCUCAGCCGCUGCGGCUCCUUCAGGGUGCACAGUGGUUGCUGGAUGAUGUACGACCAGCCCAACUACAUGGGCAUGCAGUACUUCAUGAGGAGGGGAGAGUACCCCGACUACAUGAGCAUGUGGGGAUGGCACAACUCCAUCAGAUCUUGCCGCUUCAUCCCCAUGCACAGAGGAAACUACAGAAUGAGGAUCUACGAGAGGGAGAACUUCGGAGGUCAGAUGCAUGAGGUGAUGGAUGACUGUGACUCUAUCAUGGAUCGCUACCGUAUGAACCAGUGCCAGUCUUGCCAUGUGAUGGAUGGCCACUGGCUCAUGUAUGAGCAGCCCCACUACAGAGGAAGACAGUACUACUUCCCCCCUGGAGAGUACAGAAGCUGGAGAAACAUGGGAUACCCCGACAUGAGAUUCAUGAGCAUGAGGCGCAUCAUGGAUUCUAUGUACUAA